UCUUGUCUCAGUGUCUGGUUUGACUGCGGAGGUGUCGUUUGGCUGUGUGUGUCUGUGAGUGGAAGGCGCGCCGGCUCUUUUGUCUGAGUGUGACCCGGUGGCUCGGUCCCAGGCCAGCCAGUGAUUUUCCCGGGCAGUCCUCAGUGGCCGCCAGCGCUCUCGAUUCGCUCCCCGCACCCGGGAAGGACCGAGCCCGCGUCACGCCCCUUAGCCCCCACCAAGUCCCUUCUCUGUCGCCGCGUCCGAAUCGCGUUCCCGGAAUCAGACGGUGCCCCAUAGAUGGCCAGCUUUUCCCCGAGGGUCAACGAGAAAGAGAUCGUGAGAUCGCGUACUGUAGGGGAACUCUUAGCUCCGGCAGCUCCUUUUGACAAGAAAUGUGGUAGUGAGAACUGGACUGUGGCUUUCGCUCCGGAUGGUUCCUACUUUGCGUGGUCCCAAGGAUAUCGCAUCGUGAAGCUUGUCCCGUGGUCCCAGUGCCUUAAGAACUUUCCUUUACAUGGCUCCAAGAAUGUUACCAAUUCAAGCUGUCAAAAAUUGACGAGACAAAAUAGUAAUGGUGGUCAGAAAAAUAAGCCUCGUGAACACAUUAUAGACUGUGGAGACAUAGUCUGGAGUCUUGCUUUUGGGUCUUCAGUUCCAGAAAAACAGAGCCGCUGUGUUAAUAUAGAAUGGCAUCGCUUCCGAUUUGGACAGGAUCAGCUACUCCUUGCCACGGGAUUAAACAAUGGUCGCAUCAAAAUCUGGGAUGUAUAUACAGGAAAGCUCCUCCUUAAUUUGGUAGACCACGUUGAAGUGGUCAGAGACUUAACUUUUGCUCCAGAUGGGAGCUUAAUCCUUGUAUCAGCUUCAAGAGACAAAACUCUUCGAGUGUGGGACCUCAAAGAUGAUGGAAACAUGAUGAAAGUGUUGCGGGGCCAUCAGAACUGGGUGUACAGCUGAGCGUUCUCUCCCGACUCCUCCAUGCUGUGUUCAGUUGGAGCCAGUAAAGCAGUUUUCCUUUGGAAUAUGGAUACGUACACCAUGAUAAGGAGACUCGAAGGGCAUCACCAUGAUGUUGUAGCUUGUGACUUUUCUCCUGAUGGAGCUUUGCUAGCUACUGCAUCUUACGAUACUCGUGUGUAUGUCUGGGAUCCACACAGUGGGGACAUUCUGAUGGAAUUCGGGCACCUGUUUCCCCCGCCUACUCCGAUAUUUGCUGGAGGAGCAAAUGACCGGUGGGUACGAGCUGUGUCUUUCAGUCAUGAUGGACUGCAUGUUGCAAGCCUUGCUGAUGACAAAAUGGUGAGGUUCUGGAGAAUUGAUGAGGAUUGUCCAGUACAAGUUGCCACUUUGAGCAAUGGUCUCUGCUGUGCCUUUUCUACCGAUGGCAGUGUUUUAGCUGCCGGAACACAUGAUGGAAGUGUUUAUUUUUGGGCCACUCCAAGGCAAGUCCCUAGCCUUCAGCAUCUAUGUCGCAUGUCAAUCCGAAGAGUGAUGCCCACCCAAGAAGUCCAGAAACUUCCGGUUCCUUCCAAAGUUUUGGAGUUUCUCUCCUACCGGGUUUAGAAGGAAGACUGCCUGUCCUGCUGGGGCCUGACAGACACCCUUCACCAGACAACACCUCCAGCUCUUUACCCACACAAUCAUUUGUUCUAAAGGCUCUGAAGAUUAUUUAAUUUGAUUGACUCUUCAUUUCUUUUGUUAGUUGAACUUUUAAAGUAUUAUUUAUAGACCAUAGAAAUAUUUCUGAACAUAUCAUGUAAUUUUUUUUAAAAGAUUAACUGUGAAAACAUAUACAUACCUGUAUAUAUUUAGAUCCAAGCUGCUAUGUAUUGAAUGGGCCGUUUUAUUUUAGUUUUCUAACUCAGUUCUGACCUGUAUAUAUUGCUCCAGUAGAGCCACGGUGUAUAUAUGUGCUGUUUGUUGGAACAAAUUCAAUGGAAUUUUUGGUCUUUUUUAUUGGGACACUGAGUUUAGAUGAUGCUGAAUUAAAGCAGAAUCUCCUCAUAGGAAAUGGGAUUAGUUGGGUUGGAUGGUGUCAGACUGGCGAGAGAUUUUGUGUAAUGAAAAGGUCUGUAAGAAUUGUGUCAGGGAGUUUGAAUGUGAUGUUUUUAAAAAGCCAGUACAGAGGUAGCUAGAAAAAGGUUGUUUCUCUGUAGGCCUUAAUUUUGGAAAGCAGCUACUUAACCCUCAGAGAAUAAAGUAUUAUCCUUUCUUGUCAAUUUGAAGUUACACCCACUGCAUUAUUGCUCAAUGUUUUGUUAAUACUAAGGGACAGUUUAAGACCAUGGGUUUUUUUUUUUUUUUUUAAAGACAAACACAUAUUCUGUUUUUUGCAGAGAAUGAUAUUGGUGACUUACCAAAGAGAAGCAAUACAAUAUGUCUGCUUUUGCCUUCUGUUAUUUAUCUCAUCUGCAGAUGUUGAGAAUGUAUGCAUUAUGUAAAAUGCCUGUUUUAUAUCUUAAGUUUUUUAAUUAAAAGACAUAAAAAUACA